UCGUUUAGAUUUCGGCAAAUCACCGUGAGACUGAACGAAGACACUUCCAGAUCACGACUCAAACCCCCGUCCUUCCAACCUUUUUUCUUUUCUCCCUUGAUACACAUAGAAAUCUUCGAGGAUCGCCCGACAAGAAAACAAGCCAAGAUGUCGGACGUAGAAGACAACACCCCCGAGGUCGCCGAUGUUGUUGAGGUUUCCGGCGAUGCCCCCAAGGGCCAGAUGUCCAUUCUUGACGCUCUCAAGGGUGUCCUGAAGCUCGCUCUCAUGCACGAUGGUCUCGCCCGUGGCCUCCGAGAGGCUUCCAAGGCCCUCGACCGACGACAGGCUCACAUGUGUGUCCUGAACGAGAACUGCGAGGAGGAGGCCUACAAGAAGCUUGUUGUCGCUCUCUGCAACGAGCACAACAUUCCCCUGAUCCAGAUCCCCGAUGGCAAGCAGCUCGGCGAGUGGGCUGGCCUCUGCGUCCUCGACCGUGAGGGCAACGCCCGCAAGGUCGUCAACUGCUCUUGCGUCGUCGUUAAGGACUGGGGUGAGGAGUCUCAGGAGCGAUCCAUCCUCCUGAACUACUUCCAGACCGAGCAGUAA